CUGACGCCGACGGUGGUUCUCACUGACCCCCCUCCCUGUCUUACCCCUCCGGACGUCAUGUCUUCAGCCGACCACCUGCCAAUUCCCGGCUCGCUGCUCCUCGUCGACGACGUGGGUGAGCGUGAGAUUGUGCUCCACCCUACGCCGAGCAACGAUGUCAACGACCCCUUGAACUGGACGUGGAAGCGCAAGCAGCUCGCAUUCUGGAUGCUCAUGGCCUACACAUGGUUGUGGGGCUUCGCGAGCUGCUCGGUCUACUCUGUCCUUGUGCCCCUCUCCGAGGUUAAGGGCAUCAGCUUGGCCGCGCUCAACGCGGGCACGGGGUACAUGUUCCUCCUGCUCGGCUGGGGCGGGCUCAUUACACAGCCACUCGCCCUCACGUUCGGCAAGCGUCCCAUGUUCCUGCUCUCGUCGAUCGCCAACUUCGGCAUCCUCAUCUGGCAGGUAUACAUCACCAACGAGUCGGAGUGGUACGCGAACAAGGUCAUCCAGGGAUUCUUUGGCGCGCCCAUUGAGAUGCUCGUUGAAGUGGGCAUUACCGACCUGUUCUUCGCCCACGAGCGUGGCUUCUACAUGGGCGUGUACACCGUGUGCCUCACGGCGAGCAACUACCUGGCACCAGUGUGGGCGGGCUACGCGAAUGACAACCUCGGCUGGGAGUGGGUGUUCUGGAUCAGCGCGAUAAUUGCCGCCAUCCUCGUCGUGCUCCUUUUCUUCUUCAUGGAGGAGACCAACUACAACCGCGGCACAUCUGAGCUAAGCGAGAAGCACGAUGCGGGCGUGGUGCACGACACUGAGUCGCCCUUGGAUCAAGACAAGGAAGACGCGACCGUCACAAUCACGGUCGCGACGGCGAGUGAACGCGCGCUCGACGGCACCGAGUGGAGCUUCGCGAAGAAGCUCAUGCCCUUCCGCGAACGCUAUGCCAGCAACGCGACUAUGUUUGCGAUGGCGUACCGCCCCCUCCUGUUCUUCCGCUACCCCGUCGUCGUGUGGAGCGGCAUCCUCUACGGCUCCUCGCUUGUGUGGUACAAUGUGCUGAACGCGACCGCCUCCAUGCUUUGGACGCAGGUCUACGGUUUCUCGGCGUCCAAGGUCGGCCUGUCGUAUCUUGCGCCGACGCUCGGCUCGAUUGCGGCGAUCGGCUACUGUGGGUUCGCGGACCACAAGUUCCUCUUGUGGCAGACGCGGCGCAAGAACGGCAUCCGCGAGCCUGAGGACCGCCUCUGGCUGCUCCUCCUCAUGGCGCUCCUCAUGCCCACCGCGCUCAUUUUGUGGGGCGUCGGCGCCGCCCGCCAGAUCCACUGGUUUGGCCUCAUCUGCGGCACGUUCCUCAUCGGUUUCUGCAACCCCCCCAUGGGCAGUAUUCCCAUCAACUACACCACCGACUCGUACAAGGACCUGAGCGGCGAGACGCUGCUCACCGUCAUGAUUAUUCGCAACUCGCUCAGCUUUGGCAUUGGCUACGCUAUCACGCCCUGGCUCGACAUGGGCCUGCAGAACACGUUCAUCACCGCCGCGUUUGCGUGCAUGGCCGUUGUCCUCAGCUUCCUCAUCAUGGUCAAGUGGGGCAAGACAUUCCGCAAGCGCUCGCGCGUGUCGUACUGGAAGUACGUCGAGUCGAGCGUUAUGCCGCACCAUUAGCUGGGGGGUCGAAAGGGGCGACAUGGUUGGCAGAGACACUGUCUUGGGUUGUUGAAGUAGGAAGCAAAAAGAUCAGUUGUACGUGAGCAUGAAUUAUGUGUGUCUGGCUGUGACAGCCUCGGUUCAGGCCAUGAUUGUGA